AUGUCGCCUGCCGUCAAACUCAACAAAGAGCCCAAUUUGGACAUUAGCUUCCAGGACUACCUGAUCCUGUCAAAGCUGGACUGGGAUCGCCUCCGCAGCAUCAUUGCCCCGACCCUGACGGUCGACUACACCAAAAUUGGCCUCAGAAGAUGGGACGACAUGGCUGCCGAGGAUUACAUGGCCAUGAUUACCCACCCUGGAUUCUUGGGCGAUCCCACCAUCAAGACCCAGCACCUGCUCGGCCAGACCUGGUGGGAGAAGAUCUCCGACACCGAGGUGAUUGGACAUCACCAACUCCGCGCUGCCCACCAGGUCUAUACCACGGAUAGCCUGGAGGAGGUCAAGCUUCGGGGCCAUUCGCAUGCUACGAAUGAGCACUACUACCGUAAGGUGGAUGGUGUGUGGAAGUUUGCCGGGCUGAAGCCUGACGUGCGAUGGAAUGAGUUGCGUUUCGACGAGGUUUUUAGGGGCCUGGAUUAA